AUAUGAGUGGGGAAAGAAACAGGGCCGUCAGCUGAGUCGCGAGCUUUUCUAGCAACGGUGGAAGCGUCUAGAAAUGGCGAGUAUUCGCUAACUUAACUAAGAGAAAGUACAUCACUAUUUACUCUCAACAAAAAAGGAAUAAACUUUACCUCUGGCUGGUUCUAAUAGAGUUUAAGGGAAGGUGUCACUUUUGAAAGGACAUGGCACACAUAAGACAUAUAGGUCAGUCAGUAUGCUCCUGACUUUGACCUGAUGCCGUUUUUCUCUGCUUCCUCUGCCAUGGAAGGGCAGAACUGUUCUCAUACAGAGGGAACUCAGCUGGAUACUGGAAUGUUGGGCCUGGCCUCUUCUGCUAUGGAGACUCCACUUUGCACACCAUGGAGUUUCUCACAGACACCUUUCAACCUCUGUUGGCCUGCACAGUCUGGGAGUCAGCAACACAGUUCCAGCAUCACUCCAGAGAUGCACAUGGAUAUCAGUCAUUCCGCUUUUCCUGAUCUCGGUGAUAUGUUGAAUUUUCCCUGCAAUGAAGACUUCUUUCAGGACCUUGUGUGUAUAGAUGAGCUGUCCAACAACUCCCUCUUCUCUUCUUCUGACUCCCUGUCUGAGUAUGUAGACGACAGCUUGGCAACUGUGCCUACCAUAUGGGAUGUCAAUACACCAGCAGAGAAUCAGGAGCUGUGUUCCAGCCGGUUUCAGGGUUUAUGCCGUUUAGAGGAUAUCACUGCUAUAAUCAGCACACCAUCUCAGGGGAGCAUUCAGAGUUUGCAGCCACAGCCAGAAGAGGAGGAGGAGAUAGAGGAAGAGGAGACAGAAGAGCUAGGCCAUGUAGACACCUAUGCUGACUACAAACCUUCAAAAUCCACUAUAGGAAACUCUCAUCCUGACCGUGUAGUGGAGACCAGCACUCUUUCCAGUGUCCCUCCACCUGACAUCAGCUAUACUCUUUCCAUUCCUGAGGCCAUCAUAGACAGUAGCAUGCUGUCUGCCCUGCAGCUGGAGGCCAUCCUCUAUGCAUGCCAACAACAUGAGGUGAUUCUACAGAACAAGCAGAGAGCAGGUUUUCUGUUAGGAGAUGGAGCUGGAGUUGGAAAGGGCCGCACGGUGGCCGGGAUCAUCCUUGAGAACUACAUAAAGGGAAGGAGGAAAGCACUUUGGUUCAGUGUAUCCAAUGACCUUAAAUAUGAUUCUGAACGAGAUCUCCAGGACAUCGGUGCUCCCAAUAUUCUAGUACAUGCAUUGAAUAAGAUAAAGUAUGGAGACACAGCUACCUCAGAAGGGGUUCUGUUUGCUACUUACUCUGCUCUGAUUGGAGAGAGCCAGGCAGGAGGCCAGCUUCGGACCAGACUCAAGCAGAUUCUGGAUUGGUGUGGACCUGAAUUUGAUGGAGUCAUUGUGUUUGAUGAGUGCCAUAAAGCCAAGAAUGCCACCUCCACCAAAAUGGGCAAAGCUGUGCUGCAGCUGCAGAACAAGCUACCUCUGGCCAGGGUUGUGUAUGCCAGUGCCACAGGUGCCUCUGAGCCAAAGAACAUGAUCUACAUGAGUCGUUUGGGCAUCUGGGGAGAAGGAACACAAUUUAGGACGUUUGACGAUUUCCUCCAUGCAAUAGAGAAGAGAGGUGUGGGUGCCAUGGAAAUUGUUGCCAUGGACAUGAAGGUGAGUGGGAUGUACAUUGCACGGCAACUGAGCUUCUCUGGGGUGUCUUUCCGCAUCGAAGAAAUCAGCUUGGAUGAUGACUUCAUACUUGUUUACAACAAAGCUGCCAAACUGUGGGCAGAAGCCUUGACUGUCUUCACUAAAGCUGCUGAUCUUCUCGGUAUGGUGUCCAGGAAGUCUCUGUGGGGUCAGUUCUGGUCUUCCCACCAGCGAUUUUUCAAAUACCUCUGUAUUGCCUCGAAGGUGCGCUGUCUGGUCGAGCUGGCAAAGAAGGAGCUAGAAGCUGGCAAGUGCGUUGUGAUUGGACUACAAUCGACUGGUGAAGCACGAACCCGAGAAGUUCUAGAUGAAAACGAAGGGCACCUCGACAAAUUUGUUUCUGCUGCAGAGGGUGUGUUCCAGUCCCUGGUACAGAAGCAUUUCCCUUCAGAGAAACAGCGAAGAGAGAAAGGAACAGUCAGCAAGAGAAAACGUAAGCCCAAAGGCCGGCAGGCGAAGUGCCCCAAACAGGGUAUGGACGCCAAAAGCCUCAUUAACAUCAGUGAUGACAGCAGCACAGAGUCUGAUGGAGUGGACAGUGACUCCAAUUCGUCUCCAGAUUCACUACAGGACAAUAACGACGAUGUCAUCUUUAUUACACAAAGCAACUGUUAUGCUGCUCGUUUGGAGGAGAUGAAGCAAAGCCUUCUCAAUAAAAUCGCUGAGCUUGGGAAAGAACUACCUCUGAACACUUUGGAUGAGCUCAUAGAUAAAUUUGGAGGUCCAGAGAAGGUUUCGGAGAUGACAGGAAGAAAGGGCCGAGUGGUUCGGCGGCCGGAUGGGAAUGUGCACUAUGAGUCUCGUGCUGAACACGGUCACACUAUCGACCAAAUCAACAUCAAAGAAAAGGAUCGCUUCAUGAAUGGAGGGAAGCUGGUGGCUAUAAUCUCUGAGGCAGCCAGUUCAGGAAUCUCUUUACAGGCAGACAGGCGAGUGCAGAACCAACGCAGGCGAGUCCACAUGACCCUGGAGUUGCCCUGGAGUGCUGACCGGGCCAUUCAGCAGUUUGGUCGUACUCACCGAUCCAACCAAGUCACACCACCAGAGUAUAUUUUCCUCAUCUCUGAACUGGCAGGCGAAAGACGAUUUGCUUCUAUUGUGGCUAAGAGGCUGGAGAGCCUGGGUGCUCUGACACACGGUGACCGAAGAGCAACAGAGUCUAGAGACCUGAGCAAGUACAACUUUGAAAAUAAAUAUGGUAGCAGGGCUUUAGAGAAGAUCACCAAAGCAAUUCUAGGUCACCUUGAGAGUAAGGUGCCCCCUCCCAAGGGCUAUCCAGGUGGUGAUGCUGUGUUCUUCAGAGACAUGAAGCAAGGCAUGAUGGAUGUCGGCAUUUUCUGUAAGGAGACUCGCUUUAUCAGCCCUGAGAAAGACUGCACCAUCACUAAGUUCCUCAAUCGUAUUUUGGGUCUGGAAGUUCUCAAGCAGAACUCUCUCUUUCAGUACUUCAGUGACAAUUUUGACUACCUGAUUGAAAAGGACAAGAAGGAAGGCAAAUAUGACAUGGGGAUCUUGGAUUUGGCUCCUGGUAAUGAUGAGAUCUCCAAUGAGACUCAAGAGAAGUUUCGGACUCCAGGCAACCCACAGGAAGGCCAAGUCAUUCUCCAUAAGAUCAGUGUGGACAGAGGCAUGCCUUGGGAAGAGGCUCUGAAAAAGUCUCACACAUUCAGCAACCCAGACGAAGGUUUCUACAUGUCCCACAAGUUGAGAGGGAGUCACCCAUGUGUGCUGCUAGCCGAGCUGGGCAGAGGUCACAACCUGACUGUUUACAAGCCCAAUGUGGGCAAACAGAAGAAACCAGAGAAUCUGGAGAACAUCCAAAAGAAGUACCGCAAGGUGACUCCAGAGGAGGCAAAGGAAAGCUGGGAGAAUCAGUUCACUUUCUCCUUCAGGAAAUGUAGCCAUGCCAACUGGACCGGGAGGUGUAAAAAGGUUGAGGAGGGUCAGGAGUGUGUACAGGGUAAGCGUUUGCGGCAGUAUCACGUCCUUUGUGGCGCACUUCUGUGUGUGUGGAAGCGUGUAGCUGACGUGGUGGCAGACGUCACCAGCUCCAGCAUCCUGCAAAUUGUCCGUCUCAAAACCAAGGAGCACAAACAAGUGGGCAUAAAGAUCCCAGAGAACUGUGUGGCUCAAGUGCGAGAUGAGCUUGACCGUAUGGACAAGGAGGUGGAAAGGAAGCAUACAGAGAAAAAGCUACAGGCUCAGGAGCAGCUCCUGGCUGAACAGCGGCGGAGGAUGUUAGAAGAACGGCACAGGGAUACGCUCUACUCCCAUCCACCCCAGCUCUCCAGCAUGACCACCAUUUUCAAUGACCCCUUAUUCGCUUCUUUUUCAUCCCUGAACUCCACAGAGGGAAUCCUGGACCUGACAGUGGGUGGCUCUUCUCGCCUGUCCCCGCACAGCACCGAUUUCAGCAUAGAGGCUUUCUCACAGGUGGAGCAACAGCAGCACCAGCAGCAGCAGGGUCAGUCGGCUCUGAGAGACUCUGUGCAGCAGUUGUUCAACUAUGUCACUCAUCAUGAACCAUCACACCACUCUGCUCUUCCCUCUUCUUCACCAGACUCUUUGCACACUGCCAUACCUGCCGCAGCAAGCCUUUUCUCCACUUCUGCCAUCCACCCUUCUUCCUCCUCAUCAUCCCUUUUUUCUCCUUCACUCACGCCAUCAUCCUCCAGCUCUUCACUGUCACUCUUUUCUUCUCUCUCUCCAUCAGACCAGCACCCGUUUGCUAACUGUAAUGAUGACACCGUCAUCAACGCCAAAGAGGUGCUUAGCAAUAUGCUGAGGAGUUCAGACUCCCGCACGUCUGUCAUUCACUUCAGAGUUCCAGAGUCAGAGCACAUGUCCUAAACACGGUCUAGUGUUUGAAACUCGUUGCAGUGACACACCAAGCUGACAGUCAAAUUAGCACCAACAAAAAAAGAGCAGAUUGUCUGAUUUUUUUAAAUCGAGUCAUCUUUAAAAAUUCAAACGACAUGCAUUCGUUUUCAUGUAACUGUCCAUACCCGGAAGUGGCUAACGUCCUACUGUAUUAGAUGUCAAAACAGUAUACCAUCUACCACCUAUCACAAAGGGGCCAACAUGUCCAAUUUAGCCAUAGCAUUUAUGAUUUUGACACUAAAGACACCACCUGAAACCACUGAGUUUAUUAUUCAGAUAAAGCAAAAAUUGAUUUCAGCUGUCAGAAAAAAUUCACUGAAGAGAAAGAACAAACUUUUGCUUCUUCUAGUAGUUACAUGAAGAACAGUUCAUAGCAUGUCGACAUUUAAAAACUCUCCCUUGCGAGCUAAUAGAAAGCUAACUGCUUUGCUCGUUUCGUGUUGAAAUAAUAGCUGUCCGACCCCAGUGUACACUAUGGAUUUUGUGGUCGUUUUUGUCACUCUAGUAUGACUUUCUUGUUGGCACCUCAGAUAUUGCUCGUAGUGGUAUAGAAUUUUGACCUCUGUUUACCUGUACGCCCAGCCACACAAACCAACCCUUGCUGCUGUUUUCUCACCACUUUUAACCUGUUUAAUCUCUUUGCUCUGACUCUGGUUUUGUUGCAAGAAAAAGUUUAUGAAGUUGCAAGAUGAGCAGAACAUGAGGUACAGUGUUUGUGUGACUAAGAAAGGUAGCUCGCUUUGCUUGCUUUUACUUUCCUUUCUACUGAACUCUAUAUUUCUGCCAUCUAACAGCAGUUGAGCACUUCAGGACAGAUUGGCAUGUCACAGAAAUGUCACACAAAAUCCAGUCACUCAACUGUCUGCUUGGUCUGCCACUAAAUCACUUUAUUGUAUGUUACAGACAUUCACUGGACUCAGUCACACUCUAGCUAGAUCUCCAGUGUUCAUUAGAUGGAGUCCAUCACCCUGACAUCUUCCCACUUUUACUCAGCUUAGAUGUUUAAGUGUUUUCUGUGUUUAUUUAAACCGACCAAAAAUAUUGAAAAAAAAAAAAAAGAAGAAGAAGAAAAAAUGACCAGGGGUUACAAAUGCAACACGAUACAAAAAUGUUGAAACCAGUCUGACAUAGAUUAUCAGUUAUUUGAGUCACACUGCCCUCUACUGGCAUAUGUCUGUCACACGUCAUCUUUUUGUUUGGUGAAACUUCUGUCAUGCUGAAACCAAAACUGGAAAAGAACCGCACCCACACGACUCUACAUGUUUCACAGCUUUCUGACACAAUCUGCUCUUGCUAUUACAGAGAGCAAAAUAACAGACUACUGUUUAGCACAGUGCCUUCGGAACAUAGUAGGGAAUGUAGUCUUGUAAACAGACACCUGUACAGUAUAUAUUUGUAUACAAUCCAUUGACAUUUUAUUUAUUGUUCUUAUUUAUCUGACCUCAUUACUGGACUGGUGAGCGCAUAGGACAAACCCUACCGGUCCACCUGAAUGUCCUUCUGUCUUCUUUACACAUCAGAGUAAUUAGUGCAUUUGUGCUUGUGCUGUUAACAAGAUAACACAGUAGUGAUUCAGGGCUGAUACCAAAAUUUUCAGCUUCAGCGUUUAAUCUAAAAAAAUGUGAUUCCUGUUCUUAAUUGUUUGCUCUCAGGUAACGCAAAGAAUCUGUUCAACCCCACUCAGUAUGACACCUACAGAUGGAUGUAGACCUGCCAGGGCAGUUACAACGCAAAGUAUACAAAGAUGCUUCAGCGGUUCAGAGCAACAAAACUGACCAACAAGACUUGACCAAAAAGAUGAACAGGGAUGCAGUACAGAGAUGUAGUAAUUAUUAUAUAAUCUGGGUGAUGGGAUGAUGCAGUAGCUUUCAGUAGCUUUUCUUCUAUAAUGAUUUAGUUUUGUUUGUAGCUUCUGUUCCUGACAUAUGCUUAUACAGCUUGUACCAGGGAAGACAAUGAAAGAGAUGAGAUUAAUUAUUAAAAAAACCUAAAGAAGACAGAGUAGGUGGGUGAUGUGGCAAAAAUAUCACAAUUCUUAAUAUUAGUUAUACACAAUACACUAUAUUUGCCUUUGCUUGGGCAAAACAGCCAGAGCUCUGUAUGGAGUUUCUACAAAUGUUCUUCCUUCCUGCCAUGUGACGGGACUUCAGAAUGUAUUCCCACCUCACUAACAGAGUUCCCAGGAUAAAGCCAUUACUGAAGAAGAAUUCAUUUAAUUUAAAUACAAAAAGAACUAUUAUAUAACACUGUAAAAGGUAAAGUAAUAAUAAUACACUCUGCUAUUUGUUUCAACAAAGAAAUAAAGAAAUUGCUGUUAUAAAAGCACCAACAAAACUUGGAAUAUCUCAAACCUUUAAAAAAAAAUAAGAGGAUUGUGACUCGAUUUAUCAUGAAAGUGAGAUUUUCUAGUCAUAUCACCCAACCCUAAGUCAUUUGCACCAUACUAUUGCACUGUUCUGGAUUUCUGCACGACAUUAAUAUAAUGUUAAUAACUGUAUUGUUAUUAAUAAUUGGUAGUAAUAGUAGUAGUAAUAUAUUGUUGGGAUGAUUUUUUUUUUACCCAAGUACAUAAAAACUUGAAGCCCUAAUCAGAAAUCAGGGACACAGCAUUAGCAAUGGCACAGGAAUAGCUCUGACAGGACGGGUGUGUCUUGGUGUUCCAGUAACACACCGUUGUGAUUAAGUAAAUGUGCUGUGUGUGUUGAUCCUUCAGUGAUUCCUGAUUGAGGCUUUUUAUCAUAGUAAGUUACAUUAUAGAUCAUCUGACCAGAUCAUUUAUCUCAGGAAGAAAUGUUAGUGUUGUUGCUUGAUGUUUUUUUUCUUUUUCUUUUUUUCCCCCACUCUGGUUGAGAUGAAUACAUGCCCAGUUUCUAUGUUCUAUCAGUUUUUUACACUCCGGCCACUUUCCCAGGCUUUGCAUGCAAAAAAAGGCAGAUUUCAUGUAGUGUGUAUGCCAAAAUAUCUAAUGGCUCAGAUCAGAUAUUAUAUAUUAAAAACAGACAUUGUUUCUGCUGAGAAAUUUUGUUUCAAAACAACUUCUAAACAUUUUCCCCCAUGCUGGAGAAAUACUAUAUCCCAGGCACAACCCAGUAUUCAUGCAUAUUUGUGAAUAUACUAAGACAAAAUGGAUUUAUGGUUCCUGCCCCGUGGUCUUUGUUUUCCAGCAGAUGAAGAAUAUUAAUACCCCAAUCAGAUUAACACCUGAAUAAAUAUCCUUAAAUCAUAUAGUAAAUCACCUUAAAAGACUGAAAAGUGCUGACCUCAAAGGAACAUACACAUUGUACACUAAGGAUGAAUUAUUGAUAUUAUUUUUAAAGAAUACCUUUGAAACUGCUGUCACAGUUCCCUUGAUUUCUGAUUGGGGUUUUAACAUGAGAUAAAGAACAUGCUUAACCUGUUAUACACACACACACACACACACACACACAGAGUCAUCUUGCAAUGUGUGGUAGUCAUUUGUUCUUUGUAAAAAAUUGCACUAAAAUAAUUUUUGUCUAAACCUUUUUUUUUUUAAAGUUGUCUUUUGAAUCACUUAAUUUAUUAACACAAAGAGAAAGCUGUGCUACUGAAAUUAUAUAUGUAGGGUGUUUUUUUUUUUUAUUUUAUUCUGCUAUUUGCUUUGCGUAAUGUAUUUUAUAUCUGAUGUUGAUGUACAUACUCCAUAACAAUUUGUGCCUUUCAGCUAUUUCUUAAAUCAAUUUUCUAUGUAUAAAAAUGAACGUACAGGUGAAUAAAAUGAUUACAUUA